AUGUCUAGGAGGCUGGAUGAAACCCAGCCUCAAGAAGAAGCUGGAUUCCGCCAGGGGUUCAGCUGCUUGGACCACAUCCAGACCGUGUCGAGGGUCACAGAGGUUUGCAGGGAAUACCGCCUGCCUCUUGUUCUAACCUUCGUCGACUAUGAGAAAGCCUUUGACAGCGUAGAAACGAAUGCAAUACUGUCAGCGCUGGUCGAUCAAGGUGUGGAUGUGUCGUAUGUGAGGACAUUAGCCAAUUGCUACGAUCGAUGCACGACUAGGAUACAGCUUUUCCACCGCCUUCUCACCAUUGGAAAGGGGGUACGACAAGGCGAUACUAUAUCGCCGAAGCUGUUCUGCACUGCAAUGGAUAAUGAAAUCACUAUCCUGGGAAGAAAGGAGCAUACGUGUUGA